AUGCAUUCGAAUCACUUGCUACUCGAAGAGCCAAUCAGGAUGGCUUCCAUUCUCGAGCCAUCCAGAGCUAGUUUCUUUCCAGCAAUGACAAAAAUCGUAGGGACACUGGGCCCGUGUUCUCGAUCGGUCGAGGUUAUCUCCGGUUGUCUUAAAGCUGGAAUGUCUGUGGCUAGAUUUGAUUUUUCAUGGCAUGAUGCGGAGUAUCAUCAGGAAACCCUGGAGAAUUUGAAGGCUGCUAUUAAGAGCACCAAGAAGCUCUGUUCUGUUAUGCUAGAUUCUGUGGGUCCCGAGUUACUGGUUGUUAAUAAGACCGAGAAUGACAUAACACUUGAGGCAGAUGACAAGGUUAUUCUGACGCCAGACCAAGGCCAGGAAGCAUCCUCUGAAGUUUUGCCAAUCAACUUUGCUGGACUCUCCAAGGCUGUGAAGAAGGGAGACACCAUUUUUUUGGGUCAAUACCUCUUUACUGGAAGCGAGACCACUUCUGUUUGGCUGGAGGUAGAUGAAGUAGAAGGUGAUGAUGUGGUUUGUGUGGUAAAGAAUGCUGCGACCUUGUCCGGAUCAUUAUUUACCAUGCAUGCUUCUCAGAUACGUAUUGAAAUGCCUACUCUAUCUGAUAAGGACAAGCAGGUUAUUAGCACAUGGGGUGUUCAGAAUAAAAUUGAUUUUCUUUCUUUGUCAUAUACGCGACAUGCAGAAGAUGUUCGUGAGGCUCGCGAGUAUCUAUCUAAGCUUUGUGAUCUAAGUCAAACUCAAAUUUUUGCUAAAAUUGAAAACAUAGAGGGUUUAACCCAUUUCGAUGAGAUCCUACAGGAGGCAGAUGGUAUCAUUCUUUCUCGUGGAAACCUUGGUAUAGACCUGCCGCCUGAGAAGGUAUUCUUUUUUCAGAAGUCUGCCAUUUACAAAUGUAACAUGGCUGGAAAGCCAGCUGUCGUAACUCGUGUUGUUGAUACUAUGACUAACAAUCUGAGGCCUACCCGUGCUGAGGCAACUGAUGUUGCUAAUGCUGUUCUGGAUGGAUGUGAUGCUAUUCUUCUUGGGGCUGAGACUUUACGUGGAUUAUACCCCAUUGAAACUAUUUCCACAGUUGGCAAAAUCUGUGCUGAGGCAGAGAAGGUUUUCAAUCAAGACCAAUACUUCAAGAAGACUGUAAAGUAUGUUGGGGAACCUAUGACACACUUGGAAUCCAUUGCUUCCUCUGCGGUUCGGGCAGCCAUUAAGGUGAAGGCAUCGAUGAUCAUUUGUUUUACUUCUUCUGGAAGGGCUGCAAGAUUGAUAGCUAAGUAUAGGCCGACAAUGCCUGUUUUAUCAGUUGUCAUCCCUCGCCUCGAAACAGACGAAUUGAAAUGGUGCUCUAGUGGUGCAUUUGAGGCAACGCAAUCACUUAUAGUUCGAGGUCUUCUCCCCUUGCUUGCUGAUCCUCGCCAUCCGGCCAAGUCGAUAGAUGCAACCAACGAGUCGGUUCUGAAAGUUGCACUUGAUCAUGGGAAGACCUUGGGAAUUGUGAAGCCGCAUGAUCGAGUUGUUGUCUGCCAGAAAGUUGGAGAUGCAUCCGUAGUUAAGAUUAUAGAACUUGAAGAUUAA